UCACUAACCUGCUGGAAUGGUGUAAAAGUUCUGCUCACGCCACAGGGACGUAAUCUCGGACUAAAGUAGUUGAAAUUGCAACACUGCAAAUUUACCAACCAAACGCCGCGCGACUUGGUUGUGUUUGUUGUGGCAGUCGCGUUUACGAUAACAGAUGGCUAGUUAGCCGGAAGGCGCAGUGGAGGUGACGUUACCUUGCUACCUUGCUACCUUGUCAACGAGCGUCAACAGAAACUGCUGUUCCCUCGUAGGAAACACGCCUCGCAGUUUCUUUCUACGGCUCGGGCUGGAUAAUCAACAACAACAAUGUCGCUGUCGACUGAGGCUUUUCUGCGGGGCAGCCAAAGCAACAGAGGUAAAGGAGACACUAUCUGCGUGGUGCCUGACCUCAGCUCCGACCUGGAGGAUGACUUUGCCCUGAGUCAGUCCUACCCGUGUACUCGCAGAACGUUGUACAAGAAAGGCCUCAGGGCCGUGCCGCGUCGGUAUUAUGCUGGUUCCUUGAGCGAUGAAAGUUUAGAUAUUUGCACUUCUGUCGCAGCAAGAAACCUUCAAAUCUCAAGCUUACAUCGUGGCUCCAAAGUCCCCGUUGUUUCCCUGCCACAUCCAUCCACUAAGUCAGAGAUGGAGGAAAGCUUGUUCAAUCAGCUAAUCUCUGAAGAUUUUGGCCUGUCCGGAUCUCCGUCUACCCUCAACCCAAACAAAGUUAUUCUUACGGUCGACCAUAAAACUAGAGAGAUUGUGUCAGCUAAUGAACAGGCCGGCCAACUGCUCGAGUGCACCACUAAUGAGCUGAUUGGAAAAAAGCUGCUCUCUAUCUUGAAGAAAACCAGUCAGGUCCUGGAAGAAGCAUUGGAAGAAGAUUUUCCCAUGAUGGAUGGAGCUGUUGUGUCUGUGUCUGGAAAAGUGGUGGAUGUUGUGACAUUAUCUGGAGAGAUGCCAGUGUCGGUGUGUACCCACAGACAGUCACCAAAGGAAGAUCACUGGCUCGUCAUGAUGGAAAGUGUGCAACGGGUUUCAGCCUUUCUGUCCUUUACACAAGACGGGAGUAUCCUAACCUGUGACUUGGCAUUUGCCCAUCUUCAUGGAUACCAACAUCCCGACGAGUUGAAAGGGCUGUCUGUGAAGGAGCUAAUCCCCUCUUUACAAAUCCCCCUGCACAGUAAUGCGUUGCCCAAAAUGCUGAGGAUUCAGAAAGUGUGUGGUAAAAGCAGAGGGGGUGCAUCCGUCCCACUGUGUGUCAAACUUCAGGGGGCAGUGGUAUGUGGGAAGCCCCAACAUCAAAGCAAUGGGACCGGUUGCACCUGCCCAGCCGAGUACCUUGAAAGAUCAGGUGCAGAGGAAAACCGGCCAUGUUGUCCACUCACCUCUGUGUGCAAGUCAAAUGGCUUAAACCCUGAAAAGCCAUCCUCUGAAGUGACCGUGGACAGAAUCGUCCUCUCCCCCAGCCCUGCACUGGAGUUCUCCGGAACAGUUUGGGUGUUUGCUCCUCUGAGCGGUCUCCUCCUGCUCCGCUCCGAUGGCUCGAUCUGCAGCAUCCACGACCACCUGGCUCUCAGUCUGUUUGGCUAUGAUAAAGACGAGUUGCUGAGCAAGAACGUCACUUUUCUGAUGCCCGGUUUCUUCGGCUGGACGUCUGACGCAGACAAAAAGACCAGCUCCUUCUUUGCUUCUCAAGCAGAGGUUAAUAAAAGUAGAGCCUCGUCCAAAAUGUCAGGGAAACAUGACCCUUCCUCACUGGUGGCUGGUGAUAUGGCCAUGGUGCAUCAGGCUGUCCUGGGAAGAACCUCCACAGGGAGAGGCCGAAUCUUCACUGGAACCGACACCAGGCUGGAGAAACCAGGCAGCGUGUUGUCCACCCUUUCUCCUCCUGCUGUCACCUCCACAAGAGAGUUUACGACUGAUGACACUACAGAGCUGAUGGAGGAAGCAGCCCGGGCGGCUCUCGGCACCAACCAGCUGGACGGUGCUGAUAGCACUCAGGCACUCCUCCAGACAUUUGCCUUGGUGGAACCUCCAGAAGACGAGACCUACUGCCUGGUAACCACCGGACCACCACACCAUAAUAAAGACCGGAGGCAUGGCGGUGAAGUUCAACCUGCCAUCGGGAUCAUCUCGGACACUCCUGUUCAGAAUGGCCAUGCUGUUGUCAGGGUGGGUGGCACCUCUCCUGACAGAGGCAAAGCCCGUCACUUAUGUAGCUCCGUCCUCCAGGACUCCAGCUUUGAGGUCAUCUCACUGGAGAGCAGGUCGUCCUCUGGCUUCUGUGAAAAGUUUGCUGGCCAUGGUGGUUCUGAGCCAGGCCCGGCAGAGGAGUCUCGCUCAGCACACAUAGUGGACUCAGCCAGCUGUUUUCUGGACAUCAACAGCAAUGGAGAUGUGGUGACCCGGGCCCUAGCCGACCUAGAUCUGAGCAGUAGUAUAGAGCUGCUCAGUUGCGGAGGGUACAAUGAUGAUAAGGAACACUCCAUGACAUCCUGUGAUACAGAUGAGCUGCUGCGUACCCCCUCCCCCUGCGUGGUCGGGUCCGACCUGGAAGCUGAGAUUGGUGUCGAGGCCAAAAGCUCAAGUGAAGAGCGAGUCGAAAACAACCAGGGCGAGAAGGAUCAGUGGGCAGCUCUUUCUACAAUUCACAAAGAAAAGAGUCAAGAGUUCCGCAUGACAGUGAACGACGGUAAUCAGUCACUGGCGGACAUUCCUGCCACAUCGACUCCGAAGAAACAGAAGGGGAAUGGACACAACGGCGCCUCAGACACCUCACGGAUACUAGAGGGCCGAUACGAAGGAACCGCGUACCACAGAGAUGGCACCAGAGUAGAUGUGACGUGUGACGUGUGCAGGACUAACCUCCCUGACGGAAGCUCCAUGUUCUGUGUGUGGAUGAGUCGGCCCGGCCAGCAGGGGGCACUACUGCAUUCAGAUCGACCGCUGGACAACCAGUCCGGAGCCAGUCUAGGAGAGAGGAUUGGUGAUGCCAGUCAUGGGGAGGUGUUACGCUCCACCAUGGAUCUCGAGCAGUCCCAAGCCUGUGACGGGCAGUUUGAAGAAGAGUACGAGCCUCUCAGAGCUGUGGGGAAAGGAGCCUUUGGGUUUGUCUGGAAAGCAAAUCGUCGCUCUGAUGGAACAGAAGUGGUAGUGAAGUUCAUUAGCAAGGCGAGGAUUGUAAGUGACUGCUGGGUAGAAGAUCCCAUGCUGGGACCAGUCAGCCAGGAGAUUGCCAUACUGACGCGAGUACAGCACCACAACAUCGUCAGGGUGCUGGAGGUGUUUGAGAAUGGGAGUUACUUCCAGAUGGUGAUGGAGAAACAUGGAGACGGCUUAGACCUGUUUGAGUUCAUAGACAUGCAGCCCAGGCUGGAUGAGCCCCUGGCCAGCUACCUCUUUCGACAGCUGGUGGCCGCUGUCUUCUAUUUGCGGUCGAAAAACAUCCUUCACCGGGACAUAAAAGACGAGAACAUCAUCAUUGACAAAUGUUUCCACAUUCGACUGAUAGACUUUGGCUCUGCUGUCAUGAUGGCUCCCAGGAAGCUCUUCUACAAUUUCUGUGGCACGCUGGAAUACUGCUCCCCGGAGGUGCUUCAGGGACAUCCCUAUGAGGGUCCGGAGCUGGAGAUGUGGUCUCUUGGUGUGUUGCUCUACACUCUGCUAUUCAGUGAGAACCCUUUCUGUGGCGUUGGGGAGAUCCUGGACGCCAAACUAAAGCCCCCGUUCCCCGUCUCUCCAGACCUGCAUGGUGUGUUACGUGGGCUGCUGCACCCUGAUCCCCCUCAGAGAAUGACUCUGGACCAGCUGCUGCUGCAGUUCUGGGUCAGUCAGCCCAUUUCACUGGUAGAGUACAGCUGGACAGAGGUGGUCGCUGCAACUCAGAGCUACUAUUCACCAAACCCCCUGGAGCCCAUUUCGAAAGUGUUUAUCGGGCAUCACUUGUUCCCAGAUGAACAUGACGAGACUCUUCCUGAUGAUGAGGUGGAAGAUGACGAUCACAUGUUGUCAAUGGCCCUGGAAACAGAGCUUCAGAAGUACCUCCAUUCAGACUAAAGACUGAAUGUGUGUUCAACCAUCCGUCCGACAUUUAGUAUGAAGUGCAAAGUAAGAAAAGGGAAGCUUGUCUUAGUCCAAGCCCAUAAUCAAACACUACCGAAUCGAGAGUAGUCUUUCAGAGACAAAUUGAGUUUAUACAGCUGGAUACCAAUGAAUGAAUAUAAUUUUCACGCUGUUGUUCAAAAUGUUUGUAAUUAGUGGUUUUAUUCUUAUAUUAUCCAUUAAUUUAUUCUUUUAAAUUAAAUAUAAAUUACAAUCAUAGUAAUUGUUAGAGGGACCCAGAAGUGACCACAACCUUGAGUUGUUCACCUCAGAAAGCUGACCGAGAAUGUAGUUUAAUUGAAUUUAAAGGAACUGUUUUAUUAUAUUAAUCCAUCUUUUCUGUUUUGUGUUCAUGAUUUUAAUUUUGAGGGUUUUAAAUAAAAAUUUUAAGUAUAUUUACAAUAUUUCAUCUAUUUAUUUGUAUACGUGAAUAAAUAUUUGACCACAAA